AAAUGUGGUAGCUUAAUUGCUAGCGGGAAGGUACCGUCCUUACUCUGUCACGCCAAUAUUCAUUCCACUUUUAAUCGGUACGAGUGCAGUAUGUGUGGUUUCAGCCAUAAGACUGCUAUUAAAGUCCGCUUACACAUCAAUAUUGAACAUGACGGAGAAGGCUUCAUCAAAUUUCGCGAUCGACUGAAUGAAGUGGAGCGUGUAGUGAUGCAGCAGCUAGCACAUGAAUGUUUCCCAGCUCUCAUAAGUAGUCCAUAUACAUCUCAAAAGCACACGAUUGGCAAGCCUCAUAUCUCUAACUCCGCGAUGGAAGCUCAUCAGGUAGGCGUUCCUCCUUUGUCCAAGUCAAGCAAUGAAUUGGGCUGCGGUCACAUCUGUAUGCCCCCCAUCCCUGCUCAUAAAGGAGACUCACGUGAUGAUCUGAAGCAGUCGGCUACUUCAUCUAGUGACGGCUUCUCUCCCACCGCUAAGAACACCGAGAAUUUUGACUCAGACUGUAUCAUUAUUGACUAG